AGUAAUUCAAUACGAUCGGGAUUGAGGCUAUGAUGAUUGAACAUGAAAUCCUAUUUCAAUUACAAGAAUUUUGAUUAAUUGGUAAAGACGACCUUAACCCCCAAGACUCAAUACUGCCCAAUAAAUGUGACUUGGAAGGUUUGAAAAUUGAAUUAUCACGUAAGAAGCAAAUUGAAAAUUUCCCGCAGAACUCAUCGAUUCUUUGGCCAUCCAAACAAAUAAGGUUACUAUAAACAUAUGAUUCUCGCAUGAAAAUGUCCAUGGCGAUCCCAUUCCUAUAUCUUCUGGUUUUAUUCAUACUUCAAAUCUUCACAAAUCACUUCCUUCACAGAAUCCGAAACCUUCCCCCAAGCCCAUAUCUCUCUCUACCCAUUAUAGGCCAACUCUACCUCCUCAAAAGCCCUCUCCACCGGACCCUGUCGGAAAUCGCACACCGCCAUGGCCCAAUCCUCUUCUUCCGGUUCGGUUUCCGCCAAGUCCUGGUCGUUUCAUCUCCGUCGGCCGCCGAGGACUGCCUCUCCAAAAACGACGUGGUCUUCGCCAACCGGCCUCGUCUCUUUAGCGGCAAAUACCUCGGGUACAAUUAUACGAGCCUCCUCUGGGCGCCGUACGGCGAGCAUUGGCGAAACCUCCGUCGAAUCUCGUCGUUAGAAAUCCUUUCCAAGCACCGCCUCCAAACGCUUUCCAGUAUUCGCGUGGAUGAAGUCCGUACGCUGAUCCGGAGACUGUACAACGCUAAAAACGACGUCGUAGACAUGAGAACAGAGUUUUUCGAAUUGAUGUUCAAUAUCAUGAUGAGAAUGAUAGCAGGAAAACGGUAUUACGGGGAAGAUGUGGCGGCGGACACGGAGGAGGUAGGGAGAUUUCGGGAGAUUCAGGAGGAGACGUUUCGAUUAAGUAGCAAGACUAAUUUGGGGGAUUUUCUGAGGGUUGUGAAAUGGGUUGGAUUAUCCAAAGGGCUUGAAAAUAAAUUGAGGGAGUUGCAGAUGAAGAGGGAUGUCUGGAUGCAGAGUUUGAUUGAAGAACAUCGGAAGCAAAUGAAUAAUACUUCUACUUCUCUUCAAAAUGAUGCUAAAAAGACUAUGAUUGAGGUUCUCCUCUCCCUGCAACAAAUGGAACCUCACUAUUAUAAGGACGAGUUUAUCAGAGGCCUCAUGCUCGUGUUGCUAUUAGCAGGAACAGAAGGUUCGAUCAAUACAAUGGAGUGGCUUCUGUCACUAUUACUCAACCAUCCAGAUUGUCUUCAACGAGCCCAAAUGGAAAUCGACGACGUCGUGGGAAGAUCCAAUCGGAUCCUGGAAGAAUCUGAUCUGGCCCAUCUUCCUUACCUGCGUAGCCUAAUCCACGAGACUCUUCGAAUGUACCCGCCCGGCCCAUUAUUGAUUCCCCACGAAUCAUCGGAGGAUUGCCACGUCGGAGGGUUCUGUGUCCCCGCUGGCACAAUGCUAUUCGUGAACGUGUGGGCCAUCCAAAACGACCCCACCGUAUGGGUGGAGCCUGGAAAUUUCAACCCGGAAAGAUUUGGAAGCGAGGGAGAAGGAUUCAAGUGGAUGCCAUUUGGGGCUGGGAGGAGGAGGUGUCCCGGCGAGGGCUUGGGGCUGCGCGUCGUUGGAUUGGCCGUCGGGUCGCUGAUUCAGUGCUUUGAUUGGGAGUCAGUGGGCGGAGAAUGUGUUGAUAUGAGGGAAGGCGGUGGCCUCACCUUGCCCAAAGCUCUCCCCCUCCACGCCCUUUGCCGACCCCGUUCAAAUGUCGCACAUUUGCUUCCUCAAAUCUGAUUCAAAAUGCAUGGUUUAGUUUAACAGUUUUUAAAUUUGGAAUGUUUUUUCUUUAUAUUUUGUCAUUUUCAGUUACACCAUUUUCAUUCCUAGUCGCAAAAUGUAGGCCUGUAAUAAGUUUAUGAAAUUUAG